AAACUCCCUCGCCCACUCUUCUCUUCCGCACCGCUUUUUAAAAACGGCGACGCAUUGUCUUUAAUCGAUCGCCGGAGAAUUAGAAGAGAAGAUGGCGGCGCCGGAGGCUCCUGUUAAGUAUGUCGGAAUCUGUAAGGAAUCCGCUGCUUUCCGGCUUAUGAGAUCGAUGGGUUGGGAGGAAGGAGAAGGACUUGGUAAAGAUAAGCAAGGCAUCAAAGGUUAUGUGAGAGUUAAGAACAAACAAGAUACUACUGGUGUUGGUAUUGAUAAGCCAAAUCCAUGGGCAUUCGAUACAACUCAGUUUGAUAACAUUCUGAAGAAACUGAAAGUGCAAGCAGCACCUACCAAGACUAGCAAGAAUGAUGAUGGUUCGGAUAAGGAAGAUGAAAGUGAAGACGAUGCAGCCAAAUCUGAGCCUGUUAAGACAGUUACUAAAGUCACUCGUCCUCAAGGAAGGUAUAAACGUAGAGAGAAAGGGAAGCUUGUCAAUUCAUACUCGUCUAAAGAUCUUGAAGGAAUACUGGUUAAGCGAACUGAGGAGCCUUCUCCUGCGGUUUGUGACAUAGCCGAUACUAUGGAGAUUGAAAUUAUAUCUGAGGACCAACAUGCUACUGUUAAAGAACAGAAAAUUGAAGAACCUUCUUUGGACUGGUGGGGUUUUAAAUCCGGGUUUGUCUCGGGUGGUCUUCUUGGAGCCAAGUCGGGCAAAAAGAAAUUAAAGGCUAGCGAGAGAAAAAUGUUUAGUGAGAACGAUCAAGAGAAUCUUUACAACCUGGUUCAGGAUAAAGCCACAGCUGGAAAACAAGGACUGGGUAUCAAAGACCGGCCAAAGAAAAUAGCUGGUGUUCGUUACGAAGGGAAGAAAACAUCUUUCGAUAACAGUGAUGAUGAUGAUGAUGAUGAUGAUGACGAAGACGAAGAAGAACAAGAAGAAGAAGAGAGUGAAGAUGACAACAAAGACUCUGUUAUUGAAAAUGUUCUUCCAGCAAAAAGGAAGCACAAUGAAAUAAUUGAACCCAAAUUCAAGUUAAAGAACCUCUGCAAGCAGAUUCUUAAAAAGGAUGCUGGUAGUGGUGGAUCCAUGAAGCUGAAACAGCUAAAAUCUCUGAUAGAUGAACAAGCACCAUCUGUUCUUUCAGAGUUCUCUUCAAGAAAAGAUGCUAUUGCUUAUUUAAAACUCAAGCUGGAGCGAAGUGGGAAAUUUGUUGUCGAGGGAAAGAAGAUUAGUCUGGUAUCAAGCAAGAAAUGAGCAGACAUUUUUGGUUGGAAUAUACUUGCAUAGGAGAGUGGAGAUUAGGACAAGUUUUGUUACUAAAUCAUCACCAUGCCAUAUGUACACAAAAAUUAUCCUUCAAUUUGGGAAUUUUGAUUUGUUUGUAAUCUAUUUAUACAUUCUAUGAGUUUGCAUAAAACUUUCACCUAA